AUGAUUCGAGUCGCAAUAGGUGGAAAAUCAAAAAAUCUUUUAAACCAUCUAACCGAAUUACCACCAGAAAAAGCAUCAUCCGAAAACUAUGAACUAUGGGAACAGGAAGAUCUUAUCGUUUUCUCAUGGCUCAUUCAGAAUAUCGAGCCAAAUGUCGCCGGAAAUCUGACUGAAUUCUCCACCUCCAAAGAACUGUGGGACGCAUUGGUCACCACGUAUAGUAGCGGCAAAGACAAAUUACAAGCCUUCAACCUUCACGUCAAAGCCAAUGAAAUCAAGCAAUCGGGAAAACCAUUAGAAGAUUUUUGGAUCUCGUUGCAAGGUGUCUGGGGGGAAAUAGAUCGGUUUGAUCCAAAUCCCAUGAAGUGUGCAGAAGAUAUCAAGGCAUAUGCAAGGAUCAGAUCCGAUCAGAAAUUAUUCCAAUUUCUAAAUGGAUUAGAUCGAAAUUUCGAAUCUAUCAAGAGAGAGAUACUUCGCAUAGAUCCAUUCCCGACGGCUGAAGCCGCUUAUGCUUCCGUUAGAAAAGAGGCCGCUCACCAGAAUAUUCUGGGAGCAACCACCGGAGAGUCACAAUGCAUUGCCGCCGGUCUAAUAGCGAAAGAGAGUGAAGGAUCAAGCUUUGCAUCAAGAGGAUAUAGCCGCAUAAACACAAAGAAGAAACCGAUUCAAGAUGAUAAAUCACACUUAACGUGUGAUGAAUGUGGCAUGUCCCGACACACCAAAGAUCAGUGCUUCGAGAUAAUCGGAUAUCCCGACUGGUGGACGGAUGGUUACAAAACGGCGGCCAAGAAAAGCUUCUAG